CAUUUCAUUUCCACAAUCCCGCGCUUCCCACUCCGAAACCCUAACCGUCCCCAUCGCCACCGCCGAUGCCCUCGUCCUCUCGCCGCCGUCACGGGCGCGGGCGCGGCCGGGGCCGUAGGAGCGGCAGCAAGAAGAGGAACUGGGCUGACCUGCCGCUGGACGCGAUCUCGGCCGUGCUCCGCAAGCUCGACCACGUCGAGAUCCUGAUGGGCGCCGGCCAGGCGUGCCGCUCCUGGCGCCGCGCCGCGCGGGACGACCCCUCGCUGUGGCGCCGCAUCGACAUGUGCGGCCACGCCGACCUCUUCAACCAGGUCGAUCUCCAUGGGAUGGCGCAGGCCGCCGUGCGCCGCGCCAAGGGCCAGUGCGAGGCCUUUUGGGGCGAGUACGCCGGAGACGACGCCUUCCUCCUCUUCCUUGGGGAGCAGGCACCAUCACUGAAGAGUCUUCGCCUGAUCUCUUGCUAUGAUGUCUCGAAUGAAGGGUUUGCAGAGGCAAUAAAGAAGCUCCCUUUGCUUGAAGAGCUUGAGCUUUCACUUUCAAAAAAUGUAUUUGGGCAGGAAGUGUUCGAGACUGUUGGCAAGUCUUGUCCACACCUCAAACGCUUCAGGCUCAGCGAACACAGGUUCUACAGUUUUGAAGAUGUUGACUACAACAAGAAUGGCGAAGCCCUGGGCAUAGCAACAAUGACUGAGCUACGUUCCCUGCAGAUCUUUGGCAAUAACCUCACCAAUGAAGGGCUUACAGCCAUCCUGGACAACUGCUGUCAUCUGGAGUCCCUGGACAUUCGCCAUUGCUUCAACGUCGAAAUGGACAACACUCUCCGAGCAAAGUGUGCUGGUAUCAAGACACUAAGGCUUCCCAAUGACUCAACUGAUGACUAUGAAUUCAUAGUUUCGAAUCCUGCUUGGGCCAAUGACUCCCAGACCCAGAGUGAGGAUGACUUCGAUGGUGACAUGGGGUAUGAUGAUUACUACGACCUGGACACUGAGCUCGGUUCUGAUGAUGAUAUCUAUGAUCCUUCCAACUACAUUGAUGGUAUAGAUGAAGAUGAUGAAGAAGCUAGGAUGAUCCUCAAGGGUUUGUGGGCGCUGAUGAAAUGAAAUAUAUAUUUAUAGAUGCUGUGACGGAAGUGCCCAGAAGAAUGUUUCUAUUGCUCAAGCUCCUGUAAAUUUGUGUUCACUGGGCAUGAUCCAUCCUUCAGUGCCGUUGGUGGUGGAAUGCAUCAAUGUGCUGGGUUAUGUAUCACCUUUCGCUCAAAGGUUGGUAGCUAGUCUAUCGAAGUUAUGCUUUCUCUUGCUAUUGUGUUCAUUUGUUAUGUGACCUCUUGUGAACGCCGUAUAGGGUCCACAAUAGUGUUUGGGUCCUUCUUUAAGUCUGGCAAUCUAUAUAUGCCUGCAGUGCAAACAAAGACUUUGUUGCUUAUCAUACAUGACUCACAAUUGCACCAGUGAACUCUGGCUCGCACAAGGUUAA